UCCCGCCCCCAAUCAGCGCCUCCGACGGAGACGGCGUCAUUUCCGGCGGCUGUAGGGCUAGGCUGAUCGGAUCCGUCCGGAGGAAGCGGUUCGGCCAUCUUGGAUGGUGUAGUAGCAGCACGGAGGGGGCAGAGCGGUCCAUCCGGGGAGGAAGAGACACCGGCGACCGCCCCCAGAUGUUCAGGGAAGCCCGAGGAGCCACCCGGGCUCGGCGUACAGCGACAGCGGCCUAGGCUUGCCUCCCGGCCCGGGAGAGUGUGUGAGCCUCGCCCCUGGAAGCCUCACACCGGGGCCUGUGUGACUGGCUGCGCUGUGUCCAUAGAGGAUGAUGUGAGCUCCGUCCUCCCCGCUGUGUGUAGAGAAUGAGCCCCCUGGAGGCCACAAGGUGUCAGCUGCGGUGAGAACCCCCCCACAGUCCUUCCAGCCAAUCACCGGGGAUCUGAUCUGUAACCACUAUCCUUCGUCUAUCACCGGCCACCACAAGGGAACACCACCAUGUCCACCAGAACCCCACUGCCCACCGUCAACGAGCGCGACACCGAAAACCAUACGUCUCAUGGAGAUGGACGACAAGAUGUCCCUACCCGUCCUAGCCGUUCUGGAGCUCGAAAUAGGAAUUCCAUCGCCUCCUGUGCGGACGAGCAGCCCCACAUUGGCAACUACAGGCUGCUUAAAACCAUCGGCAAAGGCAACUUUGCUAAAGUGAAAUUGGCUCGGCAUAUCCUCACUGGCAGAGAGGUGGCAAUAAAAAUAAUUGAUAAAACACAGUUAAAUCCAACUAGUCUGCAAAAGCUAUUCAGGGAAGUACGAAUAAUGAAGAUUUUAAAUCAUCCUAAUAUAGUUAAAUUAUUUGAAGUUAUUGAAACUGAGAAAACGCUCUACUUGAUAAUGGAAUAUGCGAGUGGCGGGGAAGUGUUUGACUAUUUGGUAGCACAUGGAAGAAUGAAGGAAAAGGAAGCAAGAUCCAAAUUCCGGCAGAUCGUGUCUGCAGUGCAGUACUGUCAUCAAAAACACAUUGUUCAUAGGGAUCUCAAGGCAGAAAACCUUUUACUGGAUGCAGAUAUGAACAUUAAAAUAGCAGACUUUGGGUUUAGUAACGAGUUUACUGUUGGAAAUAAACUGGACACUUUUUGUGGGAGCCCGCCCUACGCUGCCCCGGAGCUCUUCCAGGGGAAGAAGUACGAUGGGCCCGAGGUGGAUGUCUGGAGCUUAGGAGUUAUUCUUUACACUUUAGUCAGUGGAUCUUUACCCUUUGAUGGACAAAAUUUAAAGGAAUUAAGGGAAAGAGUACUACGAGGGAAAUACCGAAUUCCCUUCUACAUGUCAACAGACUGUGAAAAUCUUCUCAAGCGGUUCCUGGUGCUAAACCCAACCAAAAGGGGCACUCUAGAGCAAAUAAUGAAGGACAGAUGGAUCAAUGCAGGGCACGAAGAGGAAGAACUGAAACCAUUCAUUGAGCCAGAGCUUGAUAUUUCAGACCAGAAACGAAUAGACAUAAUGAUAGGAAUGGGAUAUUCAAAGGAGGAAAUUCAAGAAUCCCUCAGCAAAAUGAAAUACGACGAGAUAACGGCUACCUACCUGUUACUUGGAAGAAAAUCCUCUGAGUUGGAUGCCAGUGACUCCAGCUCUAGUAGUAACUUGUCACUGGCUAAAGUAAGACCGAGCAGCGAUCUCAAUAAUAGCACUGGACAAUCCCCUCAUCACAAGGUGCAGAGAAGUAUCUCUUCCAGCCAGAAACAGAGACGGUACAGUGACCACGCUGGGCCUGCCAUCCCUGCAGUCACAGUUUACCCAAAACGAAGCCAGACGAGCACCACAGAUAACGAUCUAAAAGAAGAGGGGGUACAGUCUCGAAAGUCAAGUAGCAGCGCAGUCAGCGGAAGGGGUGUGACCCCUCCUAGCCCGAUGCUUGGAAACGCAAACAAUCCUAAUAAAGCAGAUAUCCCUGACAGAAAGAAGAGUUCUGUUGUCCCCAGUGUAAGUAUAAAAAGUAAUUCUACAUCUGGAGGAAUGACCCGUCGGAAUACUUACGUUUGCAGCGAGCGUGCUUCAACUGACCGGCACUCUGUCAUUCAAAACGGCAAAGAGAACAGCCUGACAGGAAUUUUCACUUAUGCAACUAGUCCUGCCUCAGUAUUCGCCAUAUCUUCCAUCUUUGCUCGGCUGCGGCAUCCGAAAUCAAUGUCCAUGUCAGCCUCCAGGCAUUCGGAGAUGUUACCGUCAAUUGCCAGUGAAGCGGAUAACUUCGAGGCUGUCACAAUGCCUGAUCAGAGGACAUCUGUAGCAUCAACGCACAGCAUAACAAGCACCACUACUCCAGACCGUAUGCGAUUUCCCAGGGGAACCGCCAGCCGAAGCACUUUCCAUGGUCAGCUCCGCGAGCGACGCACUGCUACCUAUAACGGACCACCCGCCUCGCCCAGUUUAUCUCACGAAGCCACACCCCUGUCACAGACUCGAAGUAGAGGCUCCACUAAUCUAUUUAGUAAAUUAACUUCAAAAUUAACAAGAAGAAACAUGUCAUUCAGAUUUAUAAAAAGGCUCCCAUCUGAAACUGAGAGAAACGGGAGGUAUGAGGGCUCAAGUCGUAACGUGUCAGGGGACCAGAAAGAUGAGAACAAAGAAUCCAAGCCACGGUCUCUACGUUUUACGUGGAGCAUGAAAACCACCAGUUCCAUGGAUCCCAACGACAUGAUGCGUGAGAUCCGCAAGGUUCUAGAUGCCAACAACUGCGACUACGAGCAGCGAGAGCGAUUCUUGCUUUUCUGCGUCCACGGGGAUGGCCAUGCCGAAAAUCUCGUCCAGUGGGAGAUGGAAGUGUGCAAGUUGCCGAGACUGUCUCUGAACGGUGUCCGCUUUAAGCGGAUAUCUGGAACCUCCAUAGCUUUCAAAAACAUUGCUUCCAAAAUUGCCAAUGAGUUAAAACUGUAAAGAAGGAAACAUAACUAGGCAGGAAGGAGAACAAUCAUUGUAAAAUACGUAGCAAUUUGAGGUGUUUUUUUCCCUGAGAACACUGGUUUAAUGUAUAGAAUUAUUUAGGCAAUAAUUCCUGCAUCUCCUGAAAUUAUGAUAAAAAAAGGAACAAGCUGCUGGAACGGGAGGGAGAGUUGGACUUUUUUUUUAUUUUAUAUAAAUAUAUAUAUAAGUGCACUACAGCAUUAAAAGUUGCCUAAUAUGUAAAUUAUUUACUUUUGGCUUUUUUCCUGUGCUCUGUUCAUUGCGAUAUGUUAUCCAUCUAAUAUAUUUCCUUAUUGAUAUCCAUUCUGUAUGCGUGUGCAAGUAUGGAUGUUCCAUUUGCACUAAGCACACAGUAUUGUGUUUAAAAAGAAAAAAAAAUGAUGGCUGUUAUUAAACAGACCUAUUGUACCACCCCCCACCCUCCCUUUUUCUGUUUUUUUUUUCACAUGAUCAUGUUUCAGAAAAAAAAAAACGGUUAUUUUAUUUUGGGUUUUUUUUUUUUUUUUUUGUUACAAAGAUUUUUUUUUAGACAAAGUGUUAAUUUUCACAUGUUCUAUUCUGACAGUAUUUUCCUUGUCUGAUUUUGAGACGGUAAAAAAAAAAAAAAAAAGUUUAGUGACCUAAGGUAUGAGAAUUGUAAUUGAAUAGGAGUGAGAUGACCAGCAAUUAAAUGGUGUCCCUGCUGAA